AUGAAACACAAUAACGUUUUGCCUAAUGUACACCUUCACAAAUGUUGGCAGAGAUAUGUCAAGACCAAAUUUGGCCAAGCUGGUGGUAAAUCAUCCCGUAGAAAAGCAAGACAAGAGAAGUUAGCUAGAAAUGGCCUUAGGCCCGUAGGUCUUCUCCGUCCGAUCGUUCGCCCUCCCACCCAACGCUACAACAUAAAGCUUAGAUACGGCCGUGGGUUUUCCUUACAAGAACUUAAAGCAGCUGGUAUUAGCCGUAAAGUGGCUCGCAGUAUCGGCAUAUCUGUUGACCAUAGACGGGUGAACCGUUCGCAGGAAAGCUUAAAUUUGAACGUUGACAGGUUGAAGACAUAUCUAUCCAAGUUAGUGAUGAUUCCCAGGAAGAAAUUCGCCAAGAAAGGUUUUGCUGGGAUUCCAAAUGACACCCCAAAAGAUGUGAUCAAAAACAUGACUAUUAAGAAGCAGAAUCUCAAGCGUAUAAUGCCAAUACCAAAGCAAUCAGCUAUAGAAGCUCCAAGGAAUAUUGAUCCCAAGGAGAAGGAAACUUUGGUUUAUUGUAAACUACGUAAUUUGAGACGAGCAGCUAAGAUAGUGGGGAAGAAGAGUGAAUGA